CGCUACAAACUGUCUUUCUGUCUGCCAGAGUACCAGUGUGCCAAAGCUGGGCAAGGGUAAGGAUGGCGGAGCUAGAGAGCCUGGAGUUUGGGAAGUCAGACUUUGUCCUGCUGGAUGAAGUGAACAUGGAGCAGUUCCUUGACAAUCUCAAGUUAAGGUUUGAGAAGGGCCGGAUCUACACCUACAUUGGAGAGGUCGUGGUGUCGGUGAACCCCUACAAACAGAUGGAUAUCUUCGGGAAGGAAGUGAUUGAGUCGUACCAGGGUCGCGAGCUGUACGAGCGCCCGCCGCACCUCUAUGCCAUCGCAGACGCAGCCUACAAGGCCAUGAAGAGGAGAGCCAAGGACACCUGCAUCGUGAUUUCCGGUGAGAGUGGCGCUGGGAAAACAGAGGCCAGUAAAUACAUCAUGCAGUACAUUGCGGCCAUCACUAACCCCAGCCAGAGGGCAGAGGUGGAAAGCGUUAAGAAUGUCCUGCUGAAGUCCAACUGUGUGCUAGAGGCAUUUGGGAACGCCAAGACCAACCGGAACGAUAACUCCAGUCGAUUCGGGAAGUACAUGGACAUCAACUUCAACUUCAACGGAGACCCAACUGGAGGACACAUCAACAACUAUCUGCUGGAGAAGUCUCGGGUCAUCAAGCAGCAAGAAGGGGAGAGGAAUUUUCACUCUUUCUACCAGCUGCUGCUGGGAGGAUCAGAAGAGAUGCUGAGGUCCCUGCACCUCAAGAAGGAUAUUGCAAUGUACUGCUUCACCAGAGAGGGCUCUGGUGAAGCAGAUGACAAGUCCAAUCACAAAGCUGUGCUGAGUGCAAUGAAGGUGAUCGGGUUUAGCUCAGAGGAGAUUGAUUCUAUCUACAAAAUCCUAGCCAUCAUCUUGCAUCUUGGUAACCUGGUGUUUGACAGCGACGGGGACAGCGUGCUGGUGCACAGCGAGAACUCAGUGUGUCAGAUCGCAGAGCUGGCAUGCACGCAGCCAGACAUGGUCAGGAAGACUCUGCUGUACCGCACCAUGGCGACAGGAGGGGCGGAGGUUAUCGACAAGGGACACAGCAUUCAGGAGGCAAGCUUCGGGAGGGACGCCUUUGCCAAGGCACUCUAUGAGCGGUUGUUCUGCUGGAUAGUGAGCCGCAUCAACACUGUGAUCGAAGUGAAGGAUUACAACCCCCUGCUGCAUGGCAAGAACACUGUCAUCGGAGUGCUCGACAUCUACGGCUUUGAGAUCUUCGACAACAACAGUUUCGAACAGUUCUGUAUCAAUUACUGCAACGAGAAGCUGCAGCAGCUGUUCAUCGAGCUGAUCCUGAGACAGGAGCAGGAGGAGUACCAACGCGAGGGCAUUGACUGGCAGCACAUCGAGUACUUCAAUAACCAGAUCAUCGUGGACCUGGUGGAACAGCCUCACAAGGGAAUCAUCUCCAUCUUGGAUGAGGCCUGUCUCAGUGUAGGGCAUGUCACAGACACACUCUUCCUAGAGUCCAUGGACAAGAAGCUCAGCAAGCACCCCCACUACACCAGCCGCAAGCUCUGUGCCACAGACAAGACCAUGGAGUUCCUGCGAGACUUCAAGAUCAAGCAUUACGCUGGCAACGUCACGUACAGCGUGGAGGGAUUCCUCGACAAGAACAAGGACCCUCUCUUCCAGGACUUCAAGCGCCUCAUGUAUAACAGCUCGGACCCAGUGCUGCAGGAGAUGUGGCCGGAGGGUCAGCUGAGCAUCACUGAGGUGACCAAACGCCCGCUGACCGCUGCCGUGCUCUUCAAGAACUCCAUGAUCUCUUUAGUGGAGAACCUGGCCUGCAAGGAGCCCUACUACGUGCGCUGCAUGAAGCCCAAUGAGGUGAAGUCUCCAGUUCAGUUUGAUGAGCAGCGCUGUCGGCACCAGGUUGAGUACCUGGGCUUGCUGGAGAACGUGAGGGUGCGACGGGCCGGCUUUGCAUACAGGCAGCCCUAUGCCAGGUUCCUGCAGCGGUACAAGAUGACCUGUGAGUACACCUGGCCCAAUCACCUGAUGAGGACGGACCGGGAGGCCGUGGAGGCCAUCAUCACAAAGCAUGACUUCCAGGGCGACGUGGCAUACGGGCUCUCCAAGGUGUUUCUGCGCACACCCCAGACCAUCUUCACUCUGGAGAGCGAGAGAGCCACCCUUAUCCCAAUCAUCGUCCUCUUCUUGCAGAAGGUGUGGCGUGGUGGCCUGGCACGGAAGCGCUGCCGUGGGAUGCGGGCAGUCUAUUGCAUCAUGAGCUGCUUCAAGCGGCACAAGGUAAAGGCUCACUUCAGAGAGGUGGAGAAGAGGUUUGCCAACGUGCGCAACAUGAGUGACUACGGCAAGAGCAUCGAGUGGCCCACUCCCCCGGCCGUGUUGAUGCAGUUCCACGAGAACACCAAGUACCUGUUCUGCAGGUGGCGAGCUCGUCAGAUCAUCAAGAACAUCCCCCCCUCCCACAUGCCGGAGGUGCGCGCCAAGGUGGCGGCCAUGGAGGUUCUGAGAGGGGAGAGGCUGGACUGGGGCUACAACAGGACCUGGGAGCGAGACUACCUUUCCAGCGCGAAGGAGAACACGCAGAUGUGCACCGAAUUUGCGAAGGUGGCGAAGGAGCUGAAAAGCAAAGACAAGUACAACACUGUGCUCUUCUCCUGCCUGAUCCGCAAGGUGAACCGCUUCAAUAAGAGUAAGGACCGGGCUCUGCUCCUCACAGACAGGCACCUGUACAAGCUGGAACCACGCAAGCACUUUAAACUGCUGAAGAGCCUGCCGCUGGAGAGUGUGAACGGUGUGAGUGUGACCUGUAGCCGGGACCAGCUGGUGGUGUUCCACACGGUGCAGAAGGAUGACAUACUGACCUGUCUGCAGACAGUGCGAGGCUGUGAGAAUGAGGACCGUGUCGGGGAGCUGCUGGGUGUGCUCGCUGACCACUUCAAACGGUUAAAGACACCCCUGCAGGUGACAGUGCAACGCUCAGCUAUCCAGUGCCACAUGCGCGGGCGGCAGAAGUGCGUUACCGUGGAAACCAAGAUCGGCCAUAACCGACCAGACUUCUGCAAGAGCCGAGACGGCUUCACCCUGUACCUGCCGGGAAACUAAUGGCAGCUAUAUAACCUGAAGGACUCUGAACUUCGGGGCCUGGAUUUGUACACUCAUGCUAUUGGUCAAGCACUGGGCUCUGAAUCCUGUGCAACAUGGAUAUGCUUCCCAAACUCACUUCAGAAAAUCAGCCUUGAGGAAUAUUUUCAGGAAUGCUGAAAUAAUUACUAAUCACUGAAAGUAAUGGUCUGUGCAGAAACAACAGUACGCAGCUGAAGAAAGGCUUUUGUCUGAAAGGUCCUUAAAUAAAUAAUUAUUUAAUUAUUUAAAACUUUUGUGUAUAUCCAAAAGAAAACUUUACUUUUUUGUACACUGCAGUUAUACUUCUGUUCAAACAUCUAUCUAUCUAUCUAUCUAUACAGGGGUGAAAUUCUGCCAGUACUCACCGGUACUCUGUACUGGGACUUAUUUAAUCUGCUUUUCAUCCAACGUGGAUGCAUUCCAUCCACUCACACAGUCCACCAGAGCAUGUGAGUGGAGUGGAGCGUUCAUAAACACCACUCCUCGCUCUCUUCCUCUUUGAAACCGCUCGCUCCAAGGCUUUUAUUUCCCCAGUCCGCACCGCUCCGGUGUUUCUAAUUCUGCAGCCAGCUCCACUCACACUCCGCUCCACUGCUAGUGUAAAUCGCUUCCAAAAUGUAGAGAUGUGCGAACCGGUUUGAAAUCGGGUACCCGGUUCCUGCUUUGGUAUCGACAAACUGAAUACAGGUAUCAGGGUUCCGGUUCCAGUGAGUACUAUUAUGUUUUUAUUAAAACUGCUUAUUAAAACAUACAUUUCUGUCAAAAAAUACAUUUGAUAACUAUAAUUGACAUGUUCACACUUAGAAAAAAAAAGGUCUGCUAAAUAUUUAUUACAGCGAUAACGUGGUUUUUAAUUAUUAUUAUUUUUUAUUUAUAUUUAUUUCCUUGGAGAAUAAUUCUGUCUCACUUUUACAAGUGAUGAAAACGCUUUGGGUAAAGUGAAUCUUCUGCACCUCGAGGGGAUCAUUUGCCGGACAACCCCAAGCCGAACACGACACGAUUUCAGCUAGCUAAAAAAGUAAUUUAACCCCAAGCCAGUGGGGUCGUAUUUCGGCUUGGGAUCUAACAUAAGAUGACCCUUUUGUACAUACCAUGUGGUUAAAGAUUUUUUUAAUUGUAUAAGCUUUGUGAAAUUUGCAAUUAACAAGGUUCAUAUACAAGCACACAAUGGCUUGCGCUGUUGUAAUAAAACUGUUACUGUGCAAAUUUGAGAUUAUUGAUUGUUUUGUUAACUUUAAUUAUACAGGGCGAUUUCAUAGAUUGCACAAUAUUGUAGAAGCAUCGCAAAAGCUGCAUUGUUUAUGGAUCAUAUCUUAUAUCUACAGUGUCAAAUAUUUUUCCUUUGCAAAACAUCUUUUGGAGCGGGCGUUGGAGCGGAAGCAGUGCCAGAGGCUUUUCAUGCUCUCGCUCCGCUCGCAUGCUCUUCAAUCCACUAGCGCAACGUUUCUCAAAUGCGCUUUCAUUCAGCACAGUUCGUGUUGCUUGCAUUCUGUUUCCUCAUACUGCUUCUGUUUCUGUUAGCUGCUAUUGGCCACCAUUAACGUCAGUAUAAUCACUGCAUGUUGAUUGGCCGAGUUUUCAUUCAGAUCAGAUUUAAUUUUGGCAUAAGUCACAAAUCUCCGCCCAUUUCGAUUUGUGUCAGUGCUUAUUCGUUGAUCACCAAGAGAAGACCUUAGCAGUGCAACAUGAAAACAGCGGUAUGGAGUAAUUAUCAGUAUUAUGAAGUAAUAAUUAUUUUCUUUAGCAUGUCGGUGAAAUUAUCUGAAAUAUUCAACACAAACAUUGCUGCACAUGAAUUUGAAAGCAAAAAGUCAGUGUUCGCAUUAAAUAACAUAGUUUAUAAAUAUUAGAAAUAAUUAUCAUAACGCAUUUUGCCUUGCACCAAUUUUAGCACAUUGCCAGAAUUUGCGCAACAUUUUCUAAAAUGGCAGGUGAUGUGUGGGACAGUAGGGAUUAACAAUAACAUAAAAAACAGGAUCAAAGUGCAGCUUCAGAUUUUGGUAAGCUAGUCAGAUACAGAUGUAGGUGUGCUUCACGCUUUUCAAACACAGGCCCAAAUUGCAAGGUACAUGUUAAGCAUAGUGAUCAACGUUGUAUUUUGUUGUGAUCCUAGUAUUUUCUGUUAUGAGGACUGUAAUAAACGUAAACCAAAAUGGUGAGGUGUUUUUUCUUUGUACAAUGCCCCUUUUUCUAAAUGUGAGUUUUCACUUGCGUCGAUAUCUAAAAAGAAAAAAGGCAGAGGUAAACCACAAUAAUGACAUUACUUUAUGAAAAUGUGUCUUUUGCCACUUUGUUUCUUGUGCAGAAACCACAAUAACAGGGAUAACAUUUUUUAAAAAGUCUACUUUUGUACUGUUUCUGCCAGAAAAAAUAUUUUUCUGGAAUAGAUCAUGGUAAUUAAUCUACACAGAAACACAACAAGGAUAUCUUGAAA